GAAAACCUCUCAAUGUAUGGAUGAUAAUUAUGUGAUACGAUACCCAUCCGUUUUUUGUUCUCCAGAAGUUACAAGUCAGAUACUACUCUACCUUCUAGCAUCCAAGGGAUUUCUGAUAGAAGGAACCUAGAGCAUGAAAUCUCUGGAUAUCAAUUGCUCUCUGUCUGCAUACCCAGGUGCGAUGAAUCUUGUGUAACCCAUCACAAAAAUCUCUGUUCCAACUGAACUUCCCAAUCAUACAGUUUGCCAUGACAAGCCUUCAGAUUCCUUUAAACGUCUCUGCAUACAGAAGCUUGUGCGACGAUCUGGGCACGAGGAGGAUAUGCUUUCGGUUUAAAUUCCUUCAACGCAUCAACUGUUAUUCCCUUUCAAGAAGAAGGAUUGAUAGGUUUCAUGGCAAAGAAUUCAAGCUUAGGGCUGUUGCUGGAAGAAUGUUUUGCUUUAUAGGUUCCAAUGGAAGGGAAAGUAUUUUUAGGAGAGAGGAGAGGCAGAAAAAGAGGGUUGUAUUGGCUAGAGUUAAUCAGGGUUCCGGAUUUAAUGGUGGAGGUGGUGGAGGAGAUGACGGCAACACUGCAAGGAUUUUGGGCAACCUUGCUUUGGCUAUUGGUUUAACUUAUCUUUCAAUGACUGGGCAGCUUGGUUGGGUUUUGGAUGCAAUUGUUUCGAUUUGGCUACUUGCAGUGCUUCUACCAAUUGUGGGGUUAGGUGCUUUUCUCUGGUGGGCAGGGCGAGAUAUAGUUCAAGACAGUUGCCCCAACUGUGGAAAUGAUUUUCAGAUUUUUAAAUCUUCUUUGAAGGAUGGUCUGCAGCUCUGCCCCUUCUGUAGCCAACCAUUUUCAGUGGAAGGCAAUGAGUUUGUAAGGGAACCUACUAGGUUCUCUUCCAAUCAAUCUACGACUUUUGGACAAGCAUUCAGUGGUUUCUCUCCCCGCUCAAAGACAGAAAAUGGUUCUUCUGUAACAGUUGUUGAUGUUGAAGCUGAAGUGAAGGAUGUGGACUGAUGGUUUAUCGGUCAUGCACGUUAGAACCUGUAGAUAUGCUGGUGUUUGGUGAUUCCUCAACCUGAUUAUGUCGAAAGACCAUUGGUAAUUACCAAGGAUGCGCAUGAAACUUUUGUGCUACCAAUGUCAAUAUUCAACAACCUUUUGGUGUUGGACUCUUACUACUGUAGUGAAAGAAAGAUGAAUUAAAUAUGGAAAUGUGAAUGCUCAGAAGCUAGGCUUUGUUUUCACCACAGCUUUGUACAUUAUCUGUUCAUAGAGUUUCUGAUUUGUUGCUUAUAGCCUGGAGUGUUGGGUCUCUGUUGUUCUUUCAGGAAUAUAGGGAUAGAAUAUUGUAACGAAGUACCAUCUUGGCUUGAUUAUUAUAAAACGUUUUGAGUUAAAGCA